AUGCGGGCUGAAAAAGCGCAUCGGCCUCGAUCUCUACGCGCUCUGGCAUUUGGCUCCAGCAAACGCAACACAUCACCAGGCCCCCCUUCACCCACAUUUUCAGACGUAACGCAAGCUUCGGCAAUGAAUUUUGGCGCCAACGGUCCAACGAAGAUCAUAACUAGGGCUAAUUUGAAGGCUAGCCUUCAAGCUUACGAAGAUCUCGUCAAUACAUGUGCAGGCUAUCGCGCCGCUCUCGUUACCAUGUCCUCGGCCACGGCGAAGUUUGCGGAUGCGAUGCAGAGGUGUAGUGCACUGAAAGGCCCUGGUUAUGAGGCAGGGACUCGACUGCAGGCAGCGUCUGGAGUACAUCAUCUCAUGGCUAACCUUUGGCACGUCUUGUCCGAAUCCCUUGAUAAAUCAUUCGAAAAGCCAUUGCGGCAAGGGUUGGAAGGGUAUAGGGGUGUCGUAAAUGAGCGCUCGCAGUCCUAUGAACGCGCCCUUCGCGAGAAGAGUCACAUCAUUCGAGAGACAGAGACACGUAAUCUGAACAGAAAGGAGCGCAACCUACAAAAUUUCCGCGAAGCUCUUGCAGUUCUCCAACGCCAAGUGGAUGAACUUGAUGAGUUGAAGGCGUCUCACUACCAGGAGAUCAUCGAACACGAAGACGAGGUCUGGAAUGUGGUGCAGGGCAAGGUCUGUGUCGCUGUUCGUUCGACGAUGGAUGUAUUCGACCGCUUUACUGCUAAAGCAUCAGACCCAAUCAUCGAACCUAUGCUACAGUCCGUUCCGGAUCCUUUCGAUUCCUACGGGCCACCCCAGUCCGAGGAUCAGAUAUUCAGCAUCCUUGCACCCUUGUCGAUCAUGUCGAGCGCACCCUCGUCUGCCGCCAGCCCUCUGACCGGCUCCACCCCAGAACGCGAUCGAGUCAACUCCCUUCCCAACUCCGCGAACAACAAGAUUACGUCCUGGCUUCCUGGUACUAAUGGGACGCUGUACACCCCAGAAUCGGCUGAAUGGGCACCUGUACCCUUCCCAAGUUCCACGCCUCCCCGCUCGACGUCGCCCCCUAAUUCCACAUCCCCACCAAAUAUGCCGACUCGGAGACACUCCGUGCCUUCUAUAACCCGAAAGAGCGAAUCCAAGCUCCGUUCAGUGCUGGCUGUCAUUGACGAGGGAAAGCCUCGCCGGGAGAGCGAAGGCAGCACGCCUUUGGGCCCUUCGCCUUUGCCCCCCAUCCUAACUAGCAUCGCGGCACCUCGUCCCGAUCCUGACCCUGACGUGGGUUGGGCCUAUGCCCACGGACAGUCACACUCGUCUUCUAAUGAAGAUGAACAACUGACUCCUCGACAUUCGACGUUGUUCUCUUCGCAAUCUCCACCGCCGCCGCCUGAUUCGCCUCCGAGUCGUGAGUUGGAGCGACCGCACGAACCCGAUGACCAGGUAGCUGUCAUUCCUAUUGCGACAUAG